AUGGAACACCGUCAACAAUUAUCUCUGGAAUUUGAUUUCAUUGCUAAUGAAUAUAAUCUACUACGCUCCCAGCAAUCUCUUGCCUUUAACAUAAAUGAAACUGACGUGCUGUUAAAUCAGAUCGAUACAUGGGAAGCAGAAACAUUCCAGAAAGUAGCCAUGGUUGCUGAUAAUGCAAGAAACAAAGUCCGACUUUUGUUCCAUGAAAUAGAAGAAGACAUGAAUCAUCAAUUACAGAAAAUAUCCAUAGAACUUCGAACAGCGAAAGAUACAGAAGAUUAUGCCGAAGUGAAACUUGAGCAAUGGAAGAAUCAGUUAAAAGAGUUGAAAGAAAAAUUAGAUCAACUACACGAAUUAAUUCUAGUCGAUACAACGAGCAAUAAUCAAAUAGAGUGUAGGAAUUUUCUCAAAGUGAAAAUUAAAUACACUCGACAUGCUCACAUACACGAAAGUGCAGAGAUUCAACAAAGUCCUCAGGGUAUAAAUAGUGCUAUAACCCAAUUGCGAGACGGAUUUAAGGUGAUAACUGGAAAUGCGCAUUUGGAGGAUCUGACUGUUGUGCACGAUAAAGGAGACUAUUCAGAUAUUCGAGGAAUCAAUCUUUAUGAAUCUGGUGAACAUCAUAUAUGUUUCAAAUUUGAACAAACACAAAACAAGGGUGUCAUGUUAGGAAUUAUAGCCUCUACAUUUCCAACAAAUAAAAAGAGUUAUCAUGGUGGUUCAAGUUAUGCUUGGUGUAUAGGAAGCAAAAUGUGUCACUUGAAUGGUGUUUGGACGGAUAACAAUCAGCACGAUAUUAAUGUUGAUGUAAACGAUGAAUUAAUCCUGAUUAUUAAUUGUAACCAAAAGAAAAUAUCUCUCAUUAAUGAAAGAAUGAAUAAACACCAUGAAAUAUCAGUUGAUAUCCAGAGUACACCUUUACCAUGGCAGUUGAGACUGAAUCUUUUGUUUCCGGGUGAUCAUGUUCGAAUUUGUAGUCAAUCAACACAUUAA